AUGUCGACACCGGAGAUCGACCAUACGUUAUCGCUCCUUUCGUCCCACCGCACUGUCUUGGGAUAUGUCGUCUUGUCCAGGGGUCAUCCUCACGGCAUCGUACGACAAUCCGGGGUCAUAUUUGACGGGGAGCAUGGCAGAAAGUACGCUAUCGCUAUUGGGAAGAUCAUGGAGAGCGUGCAGAGCUCGUUAGAGGAUCUGUCUGACGAUCCGAAUGGUGGUGAUGAAGUCCGGUUCCUCCGAAUACGAACGAAUAGACAUGAGAUUAUGAUAUCUCCCGACGAUAAAUACCUACUGGCCAUUCUGCACGAUCCGGCUUCAUGA